AUGCGUUGCACAGCUAUUCUCGCGGGCGUCAUCUUCGCAGCCUCUGGCCUGGCUCGCCCUCUUGACAUUCCGGCUGUCGAUACAAGCCUUCUCAACGCCGACCUAACGGAUAUCACGGACGUCACCGACAUCGCCGACCUGCCAGACCUCACAGACGUCACUGACCUCGCGGACGUCCCUGCCCUCCCCAUCUCCGUCUCCGUCAGCGCCCUCCCAGCCAAACGCCAAGUCGAUCUCUCGGCCGUCACCGACCUCGCCAACGACGUCCUAGGUGAGGUUACCGGCACUAUCACCGACCUGCUCCCCACCGUGGUCGGCACGCUCAACGACGUGGGCGCCACCAUCGACGGCCUUCUCGCGAACGUUGAGACCGCAGACCUGGACUCCACCCUCGCCGAAGUCGAGUCGAUCCUGUCCAGCACUAUCGCCGAGAUCGAGGCCGUCACCAGCGCCGCGGGCGUAGAUCUCUCCGGCGAGCUGGCGACCGUCCAGACCGAACUGUCGACUGCCGUCUCCGAGGCCGAGGCUUUGGUCUCCAGCGUGCAGAGCCUCCUCGGCCUGGUGAGCGUGACUGAUACACUGACCGAGGUGGAGAGCCUGGCUGCCGAGCUUGUCGAUCUGCUUGCUGGCUUGUUGUAA